AACAAACGAGCUAGAUAUUCACGACCUUGUGAUGGAUGUUCCUUAAAGAAAGUUAAAUGUUCUGGUACAUCUCCUUGUACUAGAUGUAUAAAUAAUGGAAUUCCUUGUACAAAUAAUCGAAUUAGAAAGAAAUGUGGUCCCAAGCCGAACAAAUUCAAAUCAACAAAUAAUUCAAAUUCAAAUUCAUCAUCACGACAAUCUUCAACAUCAUCACAAUUCUCAAAGAAACCUAAAACCAAUCUAUAUUCCCAACCUCAAUUAUGUUCUUCUUGCGAUAAAGAAAUGCGUAUUUCACUUCUGUUAAUUGUUCCUAGUCUUCAGAUAUAUCAAACAUGGUUUUAUGGAGUUUGGCCCGUUAUAUCCGUACCUCAAUUAAUUUCAAAUCUCACAUCAGUAGAUUUUGGCUUUGAAUUAUCUCAAGAAACAUCGGUUUCAUAUGCUUUGUGUUUAGCUGUUUCAGCAGCAGUAUCUCGUCAAAUGACUUUCUUAUCAGAAAAAUCAAGUCUUCCUCAAGUUCCAGUUAAUAUUGAUUUUGAAUCAGUUGCUAAAGAGGCUAUAAGAAUAAGAGAUCUUUAUGAUCAUCGUUUAAAUCCUAAUUGUGAAACAUUAUUAACAUCUUUCUUCUUAUACGUCUAUUACAUUAAUAUUAAAGAUGCCACCGCAACAGCCAUAAUUUAUUUACGAGAGGCUAUUUCAAUGGCUCAAAUUUUAAAAUUACAUGAUGCUAAAACAUACAUGAGGAAACCGGUUGCUGAAGCACAUAGAUUGAAGAAGAUCUUUUAUCUUUUACUUAUCACCGAAAGAUUUAUGUGUAUUGAAGAUAAUGUUCCAGUAAUUCUUGAUGCAUGUGUUCCUUAUCCAUCUUUGGAAGAAGAAGAAUACCCAGAAUUAUUAAGUGGAUUUAUCGAAUUGGUACAUAUUUUCUCCAUUCCAAAUCGUGAUUUCUUCGAAAAGAUGCUUGAGUUUAACGAUGAUGGUGGUUCUGGAAAUCUGAGUGAUAAUUACAAAAUGUUACAUUCUUUCUUACACGAUGCAUCUCAUUCUAUGUCUGAACUGCAAAUUAUUGAAGUAGAUAGUAAGCUAAGAAACAUUUCUUUAACUCAUCUAGCUUCUGAUAUUCAAAAGGCAAAUAUUUUAUUGUCCAAGAGUUGGAUGAGAUCAUUAACUUGGCAUAUUGCUCAAAAACGUGGAGUAUUAAAGAGAAACUUUAAUGAUAAUGAUAGUUGUUUAAGUUUUAAUUAUCCUGCUACCAUAGCCAACGAUUUUUUGAAAUCAAUUUGUGGAAUUCCUAUAUAUGCAUUUGAAUCCAAUGGACCCGGAGUUGUUGUGAAAUUAUUAGAAAUAGCUAGUGGAUUGGCAGAUUCUAUCCAAGAUUUAAGUUCAAUAAAGUCUUCAGAUGAUCUCCAACCUUGCUAUAAUGCAUUAUCUUCAAUCUUUUCCCUAAUAUGUAAAUUUAAAACUGAUACAAUUUUACCCGUUAAACUAUAUCAAAAUAUCGAGAGAAUGGUU